AUGGAGGACGACGAGACAAUUAGGAGAGGCGGACACAUUCCGCAAGAGAUCGUGGAAGAGAUUCUGGUGAAGCUUCCGGUGAGAUCGCUCGUGAGAUUCAAAGCCGUGUUGAGAGAAUGGAGAAGGACCAUAGAAUCAAAGUGUUUCCAAGAGAGACACAUUGGGUUUCAGAAAUCUCAUGGAGGUCGUCAAGCGAGAAUCCUCGCGUUAUCAAUUGAAACAAGAUACAACCGUCUCAUUUUUGACAUUCUGUUGAUUUCUACCAAUAACAUCGCACGUAAAAGUUCUCCAUACCGACCAAUGACGCCUUUUCACUGGUUUCAAGAUUCCAAAAUAUGCCAGCCUUGCGAUGGUCUGCUAGGUCUUUACUCCGAUACUCAUAUGAGCAUUUUUAACCCUGCCACCACUUGUUGCCGCAGUCUUCCUUAUCCCACCGCUAGUAUCCCUUACGAUCAGCGUAGGCAUCAUACUUUGCUAGGGAUCGGAAGAGAGAACUGUGAGAGAGGAAGGUAUAAGGUAAUGUGUUAUUUCGAGUGUGAUAACAAAAAGGUGUGUGAAUCUACCAAGUGCAUAGUUUUUGCUCUCGACACUAAUACGUGGAAAGACGUAGAUCCGCCUCAUUGUCGUCUUCACUAUGACCAUUCUAUAGUACACUUGGAUGGAGUGCUCUACUGUUUCAGCCACGGCCAUACUGAAUCUGAGAAUGCUAAGGUACUAGCAUUUGAUCUUCACACAUACAAGUUUCAAAGCUUGUCAAUUACUUCAUGUAUCGGGUUUAGAUACUCCAGAUAUUCGGGCAUGCACAAUCUUAACCAUCGCCUAUGCAUCUUCAACAGCGACACUUUAUUCCGAAUAUGGGGUCUUGAUAUAAACUCGAGAUCAUGGGAAAUGAUGCAGUCCAUAGAUUGUUCUAGGCUGCAACUUAAAAAUUGGAUUUUCCUCUUUCCCAUAGCGAGGAUCAACGAUUAUUUCGUCAUCAUUACAGAUUGCUAUCGUCACUACUGGGGACUAUACGAUUCCAAAAACCAUAUUUUGUAUCGCACUUCUUUUAUUGGUCAGGCGCCUCCUUUUGGAAUGCCUUAUUUUGAGACACUAGUCUCUGCUUACCAAUAAUUUGUUUGGUACUUAUAUUAUUUUUAUUCCAAUAACAGAUGGCUUUUUUUUUUUUCCU